AUAUCGCUCAACUAUUAUUUGGAAAGAUAUGCGUACACGCAUAUAUGUUGGCCUUGCGCUCACCAAGAAUAGAAGAUAAUGGAAUCGAUCAAGAACGGGACUAUACAUGCGACUGACUUUCCAUGACAGUCAGCCUUCGUUUAGUAGAGGACAACAGGACUGACGUUUCUCUGAUGCUUAAUGCGAUCUGCGCGUAGCCAUCCUGACCUGUCUAUGGAAAAUAUCUGAGACAUUGAACUUAUUUGCACCUCAGUGCGUACUUUCAGUAGCCGUGGUCGUCUAAUCUCAGGGCCUCAACUCGACCAUGAUGAGAAAUAUUCUACGAUGCAACUUCGAAGCAGCAGGCCUACUCCUCGCCCUUCUCUCGUGCUUCUUUUUCUCGUGGCAUUCUGUGCUGGUCAAGGUCACCCAAAUCCAUCCCUUGGUGCUGACAAUGUUCAGAAUGUUCUUCCAAGGGCUCUACGUUGUGCCCACCAUCAUCUACCGUGAUGAGACAUUCUUUGGUAAUCCCGAGGACAGGAAAUUUCUUUGGGCACGUGCAGUUCUCGGCGCUACAGGAAUUAGUCUCAUUUACUAUGCGUACCACAACAUGGCAAUAGGGGACGCUAGUGUCAUCAUUUUCGCCGCGCCUGUUUUUACCUCUAUUACCGCCUGUGUAUUCCUCCGCGAGAAAUGUGGUAUUUUCGAGACUGUCUGUGUCUUUUUGACUUUCGCCGGAGUCGUUUUAAUCGCCUGUCCACCUUGGUUGUUCGAGGGUGUCGCCCCCGGAGGACAGACCAAGCGGGACAUUCUUGCACCGAUUGCCGCAUUCGGUGCCAUGGUAAUUAUAUCCAUUGUUUACGUGAUACUUCGAAAAUUCCGUCACAUACAUUACUCCACCAUACUUUUCACCUACUCCCUCUGGGGAGUUUUACAGUCUGGUGUUCUCGUCUUUAUACUGGACGUUUGGUCAAUACCAAACUGUCUCCUUGGAAAUAUAUCCAUUGUCGCGAUCGGCGCUUUGGCUAAUCUUGGACAGAUCUGUAUGACCAAAGCACUGCAGUUAGAAAGUGCUGGCGGUGUUGGUAUAGUUAGGACUAUGGAUAUAGUAUUCGUUUAUAUUUGGCAAUGGUUAGUUUUAGACGAGUCUCCAAGGCUUAUCAGUACAUUAGGAGCGUCUGUCGUCAUUUUGGCCGUCAUUGCGACUGGUAUUAAAAAGGUCGUGAUAAAUUUGGAGAAAGCUCGAAUCCAACAAAGUAAGACAUUGAGAUUGGCGGCAAAAAUAGUUUCAGCCUAAAAAGAUUCUUCUUACCCUCAUAUAAUGCCUACCCGCUUUCCCUCUUUAUCCUACCCGAACAUUGUACCAAUAAUGUCAAAGUGCACGUACAUGUAGAAGACAACCCAGAGUGACAGUUAACCAUUCUGCCUGAUGAUGACCGACUAUGUUUAACUUCUCUGAUAUUGACGUCUAAUAAAGACAUUUCGAAAUCUGGACAUAUCCACUGCCGAGAGGCUCAUCGGACU